AAAGCUAACAACCAGAACUGAAACCAAAGAAGAGAUUCUUAAAGCUCAGGAAAAACAAGGACCAAACAUUGAUGGAGUAUAGAAUACAUAUUGAAGAGUUAAAAACUGAGAUUGCUCGACUUCAAAGAUCUAUGAUCAGCAAUUGCAAUGAAUUAAAUAAACAAUUUGAACAAAUUAAUUUGAAUCAAGAUGACAAAAUAUCAGAAAAUGAAAUCAAUAAAUCAGAGAAAUCUGAUGAUGAAAUUAAUAAUCUCAGAGAAACUAUUUCUAAGUUAGAAAGUCAUUGUGAUAAGUUAGAGGAAGAAAUUAGUAGCAAACAAGUUGAAUUGUCAUCUCUAGAAGAAGUUAUUACUAUAAGAGAUAGCCUAUGUAAAGAUUUGCAAGAAAAAUUAACUACAAUGGAAUUAUGUUUGGAAGAGACGCGCCAAAGACUUGAAAUGGUAAAAGGCCAUCAUUCAUUAGCACUUGAAGCUAACGAAAGUAUCAGACGAGAAUAUAAAUUAGAAUUAGAAACAUUAAAAACUAAAAUGGACGAGGAGAAGCAAGCUAUAAUUUGUAAAAAUAAAACAGAUCAGGAAACUCUUAAAAUAAAGUAUGAAGAAUUAAUUGAAUCUAUCAAAACUCAAAUGUCAAAAGAAAAAGAUGAAGUUAUUAAUGAGCUUCAAGAUCAUUUAGAUACCAAAGAACGUGAAUUUAAAGCAAAACUUGAACAGAUAAAUGAGGCUACUCAUGAAAAACUGAGGUUAUGCGAAAUUCAGUUUGAGGAACAGGCCAGAGAUAUCCAAGACCAUUGGUCACAGCAGCAAACUAAAAUACAGUAUUUAGAAAAGGAAACCAAAGAUCUUCAAUGUAGUCUUAGUGAUAGUGAGGAACAAAAUAUCAAAUUACAAAGAGAAAUUAAUAUAUUGAAAAAUGAAAAAGAAUCUUUAAUAACUGAAAAAUAUAAUAUUCUUAAAGAAAUAGAGGAGUUAAAAGAUGAAUCGAAAAAGAAAAUGAUUGACUUCGAAAACCAAAUUAAUGUAUUAACUGUAGAAAUUGAAAGAGCAGCUAAAGAGAAAGGCAGAUUUGAAAUGUCAUUAUCUGUAACAAGAGAUAUUGUUCAAGUGUUGACUUUGCGUUUGAGAGAAUCUGAUAGUGAAGUUGAACAGUUGGAAAACACCGUGCAGACUUUAAAUUCUUCAAAGGAAAUGUUGGAAAAUGAACUUUCAUCUUACAAAAACACAUUAAAUAAAACAGUAAUGGAAUGUAAUGAAUAUAAAGAUGCUCUUAUGAACAUAUUGAAAUCAAAGGCAGCACUUGCCAAAGAACAUAAUCGUAUUAUGGAACACAAUGUGUCAUUGAUAGAAAGUUUACAAAACGUUGAAAAGGAAGCCUACCGUGAACUAGGAUCAAUAAAAAAUGAACUCAUUGAAGACGUCGAGUUGAUAAAAAAAGAAUCAAGUAGCCAAAUACAAAUGCUUCGUGAAGAGGUGGAGAAGAAGCGUAUGUUAUGUGAGCUAGCGACUGAGCACGCGGGCCAGGCGACCGCGGCGGCCGAGCACUCGCGCGCGCUGUUGGCGCACGCCGCCGCGGAGAUCGCGAGACUCGAGGCUGACAACGAUAGAUACCAACAGCAGGUGACCGCUGACGGGUUAACUCUUAUGGCCGGCUUACACGUGCUAAGAUUUCAUACAUUUUUGAUCACAGAAAAAACAAAUGCCAGUAAUCAUUUUAGAUUAUAUCAAAACCUAGUUUUGUAUAUAGUUUUUUAUAUAAUUAGGAUGAAAUAUAUUAAUCGUAAAAUCGAUCCCAAAAACCUAUUAAGAGUCAUCAUUGCGAUAUUUCUGUAUUUUUUUCAUAAGAUCAAUCAUGUUUAAUUUGCAUAAAAUGAUUUUUAUUUGGCAAAUAUUAGCAUGGCAUUUGAAUAAAAUUG